CUAGAACUCUCCUCAGAUUGGGCCCGAGAUUUUUCUCAGACCAGCAGGCGGCCCCCUCCCCCCCAGACGCCAACUGCCCUGCUGCCCCCGGCCCCGAGCCUCUGUCGGUCCCCGGCCUUCCAGCAUGGCUGCAGUCAGACCCGCCUCCUCCCUGUCCCGUGUCCCCUCGGGUCAACCACCCUGGUUUCCGUUAGCGGCGCCAGUCCUCAGCCAUCUUCCCAGCCCGAGGACGUUACCGCUGGGACCCUCUCCGCCCAACGACUCUGGAUCUACCAAGAUGUUUAAUCCCCACUGCGGAGUUGGUCUCGUUUCGGGUCUGGAAAGCCUCCUAGCAGCAUCCUCUACCAUUUCUACAAACAUUGACUGAAGGCCGCUGGGUGCCAGGUCCUGUGUUGGGCGCUCUGGUGGGGGAGAGGGCAGGGUGGCCCCCGCCCGAAAGGCGCGGGAGGACAGACACCACGUUAGGAAACAGUGCGGCGCUAUAAGUGUCAUCCGUGGCUUCCGACCGGGUUUAUUACCCUGGGCUUGUUCCUGGAAUCACGUGCUUGACUGUGCUUGAGGAGGUUGGGAACUUGGCAGGAAUCUGCCUCCUUUUAGUGGAUGUUGGGUUAAGAACUUUUGGCACUGAGCACUUAUUUCUGAGCUGGAGAAUCUGAAUGGAGGAGACCACUAGGGAUCUGACUGGCAUAGAAUCUAUGGAUCAGUGUCGCCAUACCUUGGAACAGCAUAACUGGAACAUAGAGGCUGCUGUACAGGACAGAUUAAAUGAGCAAGAGGGUGUACCAAGUGUUUUCAACCCACCUCCAUCCCGACCCCUGCAAGUUAAUACAGCUGACCAGAGGAUCUACAGCUAUGUUGUCUCAAGACCACAAGCAAGGGGGCUGCUUGGAUGGGGUUAUUACUUGAUAAUGCUUCCAUUCCGAUUUACCUAUUGCACGAUACUUGACAUAUUUAGGUUUGCGCUUCGUUUUAUACGGCCUGACCCUCGCAGCCGGGUCACUGACCCCGUUGGGGACAUUGUUUCAUUUAUGCACUCUUUUGAAGAGAAAUAUGGGAGGGCACACCCUGUCUUCUACCAGGGAACGUACAGCCAGGCACUUAACGAUGCCAAGCGGGAACUUCGCUUUCUUUUGGUUUAUCUUCAUGGAGAUGAUCACCAGGACUCUGAUGAAUUCUGUCGCAACACACUCUGUGCACCUGAAGUUAUUUCACUAAUAAACACUAGGAUGCUCUUCUGGGCGUGCUCCACAAACAAACCUGAGGGAUACAGGGUCUCGCAGGCUUUACGAGAGAACACCUAUCCAUUCCUGGCCAUGAUUAUGCUGAAGGAUCGGAGGAUGACUGUGGUGGGACGGCUAGAAGGCCUCAUUCAACCUGAUGACCUCAUUAACCAGCUGACGUUUAUCAUGGAUGCAAACCAGACUUACCUGAUGUCAGAACGUCUAGAAAGGGAAGAACGAAACCAGACCCAGGUGCUGAGACAACAGCAGGAUGAGGCCUACUUGGCCUCUCUCAGGGCUGACCAGGAGAAAGAAAGAAGGAAACGGGAGGAGAGGGAGCGGAAGCGGCGGAAGGAGGAGGAGGUGCAACAGCAGAAGUUGGCAGAGGAGAGGCGGCGGCGGAAUUUACAGGAGGAAAAGGAAAGAAAGUUGGAGUGUCUGCCCCCGGAGCCUUCCCCUGAUGACCCUGAAAGUGUCAAGAUCAUUUUUAAAUUACCCAAUGAUUCUCGAGUAGAGAGACGAUUCCACUUUUCACAGUCUCUAACAGUAAUCCACGACUUCUUAUUCUCCUUGAAAGAAAGCCCUGAAAAGUUUCAGAUUGAAGCCAACUUUCCCCGGCGGGUGCUGCCCUGCAUCCCUUCAGAGGAGUGGCCCAACCCCCCAACGCUGCAAGAGGCAGGACUCAGCCACACAGAAGUUCUCUUUGUUCAGGACCUAACAGACGAAUGACACUUUUUCUUCCUCUCCCCUCCCACCCCAUCCCUAAAAGAAAUGGAAAAAACAAACAAACAAAAAAAAAAGCAAGAGAAAUUCAUGUUAUUAUUAUUAUAAUACAAUAUUUUUUUUAAAAGACUGCUGCAUCCUAAGGAAGGAUCAGAAACCAUGCUGCCUGCAGGAGUCACCACCUGUGUGUGUGCACGAGGUUGGCAGUGAACGUUCCCGCUGGCAGGCCCGCCGUUUCGUACUGCCUCUGCACCACGCACCUUCCGGCGAGAGGAGACUCUUCACCUCCAACCCAGCCGCUGUCCCAACCGGGGAAGGGGACAUUCCCACUAGCUCUCAUUCAUUCUUGCUUUUAUGGAAAAUAAAAGUGAAAAAACCUCCAUCAACCAGCUACUGCAGGAUCUCCUGAGGACUUGCUUCUCCUCGGGAGAAGAGAGGGAAGGGAAGGCACAGAGCAGAGAUGUUCCUUGAACUUCCCACAAUUUAUGAAUAACUUUUAAAUAUUUUCUGUUACUUUGUAAUGACCAAAGGAAUGAGGCUGACAUAGGUGUAUUUUUUUUCUUAACUUUAUUUUAUUUGAUAAAGAGCCAAUUCUUAAACCCAUGAGUUCAUACCCUGGGCUCCUUAGCCCACAAGAGUGUAAUAAAGGUGCCCUGGGCUGGUUUGUGCUUA